UGGAGCUUUCCAUUUCUAUAGCUUUUCGCCCCUCUCUGUAACAUUUUAAUUUGCAAGCCUUAAUCUUAAUUUUGAAAACAGAUGAAUGUAUAUUUUCAAGACCACAGCCUCUUAAUUGAGAAAGAAUGAUUUUUGUUUUGGGAUGUUACCUUGACCAGUGAGAUCCUUAUAUUUUAGAUCCUGUUGUUGGUCGCUACUAUUCCCUUCUUCAGCUAACGUUUCUUUUUCAAUGGACUUUUUGUGAACUGUUCUAUAUGAUUUAGAUAAGUGGAAACAUUUGCUUCCCUCUCACACUCACAUCCUGCUUUCAGAGGGGGAAAUGUAUGGGUGAUUGAGAUUCAAAGAACGAGUUCCUUUCUUUAUUAUUAAGGAAACAUUUUUGAGCAGGGUUAUGUCUUGCCACUGGUGAGGACGCACGGAAGACUUAAAGACCCUCCAGGUGACUCUUUCAGCUAUUGCAUGACUGCACAACCCUGACGCAUCUGCGGAGGACGAGACUGCAGCAAUGGAAAGUAUUUCAAAUGAAAGUGACAUUUGGCAAUUCAAUGAAUCUUGGAGGAACUCGAGUCUCAUUAACGGAACCGGUGGUUUGAAUCAGACAAACCCCUUGAAGCGGAAUGAAGAAGUGGCGAGGGUGGAGGUGACUGUGCUCGCCUUGGUCCUCUUUCUGGCGCUCGCGGGUAACCUGUGCGUCCUGUUGGCUAUCCACACAACCAAACACAGCCAGUCUCGUAUGUAUUAUUUUAUGAAACACCUGAGCAUCGCCGAUCUGGUUGUGGCGAUAUUUCAAGUUCUCCCUCAACUUAUCUGGGACAUUACAUUUCGGUUCUAUGGACCAGACAUCUUGUGCCGGUUGGUGAAAUACCUGCAGGUCGUUGGGAUGUUCGCCUCCACUUAUAUGUUAGUUUUGAUGUCUAUAGACAGGUGUUUGGCAAUUUGUCAGCCCCUCCGUUCUUUGCACAGGAGAAAAGACCGUUUAUAUGUCAUAUUUUCCUGGAUCCUGAGUCUGCUCUUCAGUAUCCCCCAGAUGUUCAUCUUUUCCCUGAGGGAGGUUGGCUCGGCCGGAUCAGGGGUGUAUGACUGCUGGGGCGACUUCGUGAAACCUUGGGGAGCCAAAGCUUACAUCACAUGGAUCAGCCUUACCAUAUACAUAAUUCCAGUGGCCAUACUGAGCAUUUGUUAUGGGUUGAUAAGCUUUAAAAUAUGGCAAAACUUUAAACUGAAAACCAGACGGGAGCAGUGCAUAAACCUGACGCCUAAAACCACCAAAAGCAACACACUGGCCCGUGUAAGCAGCGUAAAGCUCAUCUCCAAGGCGAAGAUCACGACAGUGAAGAUGACUUUUGUGAUCGUGGUGGCUUACAUCGUCUGCUGGACCCCCUUUUUCUCAGUUCAGAUGUGGUCUGCGUGGGAUCCAGCAGCCCCCCGUGAGGCCAUGCCCUUCAUUAUCUCCAUGCUGCUGGCCAGCCUCAACAGCUGCUGCAACCCCUGGAUCUAUAUGUGCUUUGCCGGGCAUCUGUUCCAGGAUCUUAGGCAGAAUCUUCUUUGCUGUUCUACCCGCUACCUCAAGUCAUCCCAGUGCCACUGUGAGCGUGACUUUAACUCCAGUCACAAGAGCAACUCUUCAACCUUUGCCAUUAAGAGCACUAGCAGUCAGAGGAGCAUCACACAGACUUCUACCACAUAAGCCCCGGGCCCGCUGUGCCCUCAGCCUUUCACUACGUGCUGUCGACCAUAAAAU